CUGUCAUGGCCCUGGGUCAUGCGACCCAGUAUGUUGAGUUUUUUGGUGUUUUGUUAUUCUUUUUAGUCUAGUUUUCAUUUCAGCUUAUUUAGUUUCAUUCUGCCAUGUUUUGUGUCUAAGUUUUCCUUGGUUGUAAGAUUCAAGUCAUGGCCGUGUCUUCUUAUGUUUCCUGUCUUAUUUUGAAAGAGCUUGGUGUGUUGUGUUUAUUGUAUUUAGUUUCACGUGUCCUGUCAUUAUGUUAAUUGUUGUCAGCCGUGUUUCCCAUGUGAUCCGACUCCCCUUGAUUAUUCCUCAUGUGUAUUUAGUCUGUGUGUUUCCCUCAGUCAGUGUCGGAUCGUCUGUUAACCUCACCACAGUUUACUUAGGUUUGCUCUAUUGUUUCUCUGUGUUUUCUAGUUUACUCAGUGUUCAUAGUUUGUCAUAGUUUUUCACUGAGUGUCUCAGCCUUUUUGAUACAGAGUUCAAUAGCCACCUUAGUUUCCCGAGUGGCUGGUCUUUCUUUUGCCAUCUGCCAAUAAAGGGCUCGCUUAUUUUUUGAAACUACGUUUUAUCUCCACCGUGUCUGCAUCUUCGUCUACCUCUUUCCACACACCGGCGCACCCCGGCGUGACAGUACGAUCCGACCAGUAUGGACCCAGCGGUCACUACUGAUGGGAUCGGGGAGGAGCUGCAGCGGCUCAGCCGGAUCAUAACACGCAUCUGUGGGUGCGCGGACCCCAGAGUGGUGUCCACUGGGUUGGCGGCCAUAGACGCCAUCCUUCAGAAGGCGCCACAGCUCCGGCAGUUUCCCCAGCUUUUUGAGGCGUUCGACUCUCUGGCCCCCCUGAAGGAGGAGCUUCGCGCCCGUGCGCUGGCUCAGAGAGUGUUGAACGCCGCCUCAGCACCUACGACUCCGACCCGUAAACGGUUGUCGUCGCCGCUGCCUCACGAGCCGGAGGCAGUCAGAGUAGGGACACUGAGGCUCACCGCUGCACCGCCAUCUUCUCACCGUUCAUCGGCUCCCCCGCCUCCGCCACAGUCAAGCUGCACUGAGCAGCACACGGAGACGGUGGAGGCCAUAGAUUUUGGUGAUGAUGAGCGGCAGCAGGUGUUACGGGCUUAUCGGGAGGAGGAGCUCCGUUGGAAGCCCUGGCUCAUUCCAGAGGAGGAACUCUCACCUGUUGCACCGCCUCGGACGAGCCGCUCGGCCUCUCCACCCCGCUCGGACUUUACUUCACCUGCCUCUUUUCUGGCGAGGAUGUGGGAGGACGACGAGGAGAUCACCACCACGUCACCCUUGGCUUCGGUGGCUUCAGCAUCCAUCGUACCCACUUCCAGAAAGAACCGGCGUCAGCGCCGCCGUCGCACCGCGCUACCCUCGGGGGUGAGUGACUGUGUGUCUGUGUCUCAUGAUCCUCCUAUAGUAAAGAGCGAGAUGUGUAUUGAUUCGCCGGGCCUGGAAACUAUAACUGAAUUGUGUUCUGAGACUGGAAGUACAGUGUUUAGUUGUUUAGAAAAACCUACUACGGAAAUCAUGGAGUUCGACCUCUGUGAGCGGCAGCAAGCAGCUCUCAACACCACCCAUUCUCUUAAUAAAUGAUGAAAGUGUUGCUCAAGAACUCAUGUUUGGUGUGAAGGGUGGUGAUAUAACCUCUGGUCAUGAGUGGUGUGACUUAAAUAAUGACACCCUGUCUGUACCUGGUGAUCAACCUGACUGUUCCUUAGCUCAUUCAUCUUGUGACUCUAAUACUUGUUAUGAAUUGUGUAAGAUCAAAUUAUUGUGUAAACCAGAGGAAAACAAUUCAAAGCGACCUCUGAGUGAUGCUCUCACUCCUGUACUCAACAAGCACAAUUCGCCUGAGUUUUGUGUUUCUGGUCAAGAGAACAGUAAUGGUAAUGUGGUCUGUGUUCUGAACCCUAAAAGUGAAUUGUGCCCCCCAGAAGAAGAAGAUGGGGGACACAUGUCUGAACCAUGUAGCUCCAGCUCCCCUCGGGGCGCAGUGAAUGCUGAGGCUGAGAUCUGGGCCUCCGAUACUGUCUCCAAUGAUCAUGUUUUACCUUCAGUUUGUGUAAAUUUGGAAUCAUGCUCUUUUGUUUCUCCUAAAUCAUUUCAGGAUGGGGUGUUGGUUGGGAGUACUACUGACUUAGUAAGCUCACAGUCUGCACCACCACUGGCAGCCACAGCUCUUUUAAACACAGUGUCAGCUGCACCUCCCUUCAUAGGUGACUCAGAGUCUCUGUCUA